AGUCUGCACAUUUAAACAUGAAAACAACUUUCAGGUCCACGCCUUCAGAAGUGCCAGGCAUUUAAGUUAAUCUGCAAUGAGAAACAAGUUUGAGUUUCCUGUGGACACAUGAGUCACUGCGUCAUCAAUGGACACAAUGGACACAGAUGCCAGCAGCUGCCCAGAGAACAGCCAGAAGCAAGACUUUGACCAGAAGAUUUUCGUGAACAGAAGUCUGACGUUAGAAAACGUCAAGUGCUAUGGCUUUGACAUGGACUACACACUGGCAGUCUACAAGUCUCCUGACUACGAGAGCCUGGGCUUUGAGCUGAUAAGAGACAGAAUGGUGUCAAUUGGUUAUCCUCACGAGAUUCUGCGUUACACGUAUGACCCCAGCUUCCCCACACGUGGUUUAGUGGUUGACACCACAUAUGGGAACCUCCUGAAGGUGGACUCCAAUGGAAACAUUCUUGUCUGUAGUCAUGGCUUCCUCUUCCUCAAAGGUGAUGACAUCGACAAGUAUUAUCCCAACAAAUUCAUUCAAAGAGGUGACACUGACCGCUUCUACAUCCUCAACACACUUUUCAAUCUGUCAGAGACGUAUCUCUACGCUUGUCUCGUGGACUUCUUCACCAGAUGCAACAGAUACACAAACCUCCUGAAAGGUUACCAGCACGGCGACUUGUUAAUGUCUUACAGAACAAUGUUUCAGGACGUUCGAGGCGCGAUGGACUUCAUUCACAACACAGGAAUCCUCAAAGAAAAAACCAUUAAGAAUUUGGACAAGUAUGUUCUCAAAGAUGAAAAAAUCCCUGUGCUCUUGUCUCGGAUUAAAACAGUGGCCAAACUCUUUAUUGCCACUAACAGUGACUACAAGUACACCGAGGCUAUUAUGAAAUACCUGCUUGAAGGUUCUGUGACGCGUGCAAGUCCCAAAGAUUGCUGGCGCUCCUUCUUCGACCUCAUUGUUGUGGACACCAAGAAGCCGCUGUUCUUCGCCGAGGGCACUGUGCUGAGACAAGUGGACACGGACACGGGAAAGCUUCGGAUUGGGACGUACACUGGCGAUUUACAGCAUGGGACUGUUUACUCAGGAGGAUCCUCGGACAUGGUCUCUGACCUGCUGAAUGUCAAAGGUAAAGAAAUCCUCUACGUUGGAGACCACAUCUUUGGCGACAUCCUCAAAUCUAAGAAACGUCAGGGCUGGAAGACUUUCCUGGUCGUGCCGGAACUCACCAAAGUGCUGAGCGUGUGGGAGGAGAAGAAAAAUGUGUUUGAUGAGCUCAAACGUCUCGACAUCUUCUUGGCUGAACUUUACAAACACCAGGACAGCAGCAGUCGAGAGCGUCCAGACAUCAGUGCCAUUCAGGCACGGAUGAGGGUGCUGACCCACAGGAUGGACAUGGCGUACAGUCAGAUGGGCAGCCUCCUGCGCAGCGGCUCCAGACAGACGCUGUUUGCCAGUCAGCUGAUGCGUUACGCAGAUCUUUACUCCUCUACCUGCAGUAACCUGCUGCAUUACCCCUUUAAUUACCUCUUCUUGGCUCCACCAGUCCUGAUGCCUCAUGAAGUCACAACUCAGAACUACGACUUUGGUUCGUCACAGAUACCCACGGUCACCAACCACACCAUCGGAAACUGAGGUUACUAUUAUCGUGAUGAUUUUUAUUUGACCUGUACUGGCUUUUGUUGAUUUGUUUACCUUUAAAUUAUGAAUCGUUAACAUUUUUCCUCCUCUUGCUGUGACAAAGACAAACUGACAAGACGAGAGAGGAACAUGUGAAGACAACACAGAGAUUUUAUCACAGACAGUUCUCACUUUUGAGGGCGGCUACAUUUAGCCUGGAGCAGGGGCGUGCAUAGACGUUUCAGGUGGGGGCUCGAGGGAAAAAAAGGACACCCCCAAAAAUGCAAUUUCCUAGCAUUAUUACUCACUUUUAAUUGAGAAUUAAUAAUAAUUAAACGGGACACAUUAAAAAGUAUAAAUCCAACCAUUUUCUACUGAUUUAGCCUCUACUUAAGAGUUUCCAAAGACAGGGUACAAUCUGGACAGGUCGUUAAUCCGUCCCAGGGCCCACAUUAGAAAUUAACGUAUGAAAUUAGAAGUAUUAAUAAUGAUUCAAGAUGACUUUGAAAAGGAGGUCAAAAGGGCAGGUGCUUGAGCACCACCUGGGUUCUGUCUGUGCACGUCCACAACCUCGGUAUCAGCUGCAGUAAUGGCUCUAAAAACAACUAAAGCACUGCUUCACCUACUGGAUAUGGAAAGCAAUAACAUGUAACGUUUACCAGACUAACUCAUACAUUUUAUUAUUCUAACAAAAAACGAGAUUUUUUUUUUCUCCUUCAUGCGUAUUUUUUCGUUUUCUGAUGUAGAUGAUUUGUUUAACUGUUUUUAUGAACUAACUUUACUUACUUGUUUGAGCAUUUCUCUGUGGAAUUAAUUUAAUAAACCUUCGUAUUAUUUUGUUCUCGUCGUCGUCACUGAAGCGCGAUGACUUUCACAACGUGUGCAGGUGUGUAGGGUGACGGAAACAAGUCCCUCAAACACAUGCACUGUCUUCAGUGGGUUGCGUUAGAUCCUUAUGAAAGCUGGGGGAUACAGAGAGAAAGAAAGUAAAUAUUUAUUUUAUUUCAUUCUUGAAAGAUAAUAGAUAAAAGAACCAUUAAAAAUGAAGACAAAAUAAUCCAAAACAAGAAUGAAAAAGAAGGUUUAUUUACAAUAACAAUAAAGUAAUGUUAAGUGAACAUGAGCUCCUUUAAGAGUAACUUAAAGGAGCUCUACUUCUUUAACAACUGUUUAUUUUGUAAAAAGUCGUUCCAGUAAAGACUGACUCUGUUUUCUACAACACCAUCACGAUCUAGGACACCGCAAACAAUAACCUGUUUAAGCAGGAGAGUAAAUAAAACCUGAGCAGCAACAACUAAAAAUAAAAGUUCCCUUUAAUGUGUGAA